UGUGGGAAGAGUUUUACUCACUCAAGCUGCCUGAAGGGACAUUUGAGAACACACACAGGAGAGAAACCUUAUAGCUGUGAUCAAUGUGGGAAGAGUUUUAGUCAAUCAAGCAACCUGAUGGCACAUUUGAGAACGCACACUGGAGAGAAGCCUUAUAGCUGUGAUCAAUGUGGGAAGAGUUUUAGUCAAUCAAGCAUCCUGAUGGUACAUUUGAGAACGCACACUGGAGAGAAACCUUAUAGCUGUGAUCAAUGUGGGAAGAGUUUUAGUGAUUCAAGCAACCUGAUGGCACAUUUGAGAACACACACUGGAGAGAAACCGUAUAGCUGUGAUCAAUGUGGGAAGAGUUUUACUCACUCAAGCUGCCUGAAGGUACAUUUGAGAACACACACAGGAGAGAAACCUUAUAGCUGUGAUCAAUGCGGGAAGAGUUUUACUUCAUCUAGCCAUCUGACUAGUCACCAGAGAACACACACAGGAGAGAAACCUUUUAGCUGUGAUCAAUGUGGGAAGAGUUUUACUUCAUCUAGCCAUCUGACUAGUCACCAGAGAACACACACAGGAGAGAAACCUUAUAGCUGUGAUCAAUGUGGGAAGAGUUUUACUUCAUCUAGCCAGCUGACUAUCCACCAGAGAACACACACAGGAGAGAAACCACACCACUGCUCUGACUGUGGGAAGAGUUUUGUUUCAUCCCAAUAUUUAGAAUCACACCAGAGAACACACACAGGAGAGAAAUCUUAUAGCUGUGAUCAAUGUGGGAAGAGUUUUAGUCAAUCAAGCAACCUGAUGGUACAUUUGAGAACGCACACUGGAGAGAAGCCUUAUAGCUGUGAUCAAUGUGGGAAGAGUUUUAGUCAAUCAAGCAUCCUGAUGGUACACUUGAGAACGCACACUGGAGAGAAACCUUAUAGCUGUGAUCAAUGUGGGAAGAGUUUUAGUGAUUCAAGCAACCUGAUGGCACAUUUGAGAACACACACUAGAGAGAAACCUUAUAGCUGUGAUCAAUGUGGCAAGAGAUACGCUGAGAAGAGUCCCUCCAGAUCAGAACACCUCAAGAAACACCAGCGGAAACCCACAGGGAAGAAAUCUCACUGCUGCUCUGACUGUGGGAAGAUAUUCAACUCUUCUACGGACCUUAAAAGACAUAUGAGAAUCCAUACAGGAGAGAAACCCUAUAGCUGUAAUCAAUGUGGGAAGAGUUUUACUCGCUCAAGCUGCCUGAAGGGACAUUUGAGAACACACACAGGAGAGAAACUAUAUAGCUGCGAUCAAUGUGGGAAGAGUUUUACUUACUCAAGCAACAUGAAGGUACAUCUGAGAACACACAUAGAAGAGAAACCACACCACUGCUCUGACUGUGGGAAGAGUUUUGUUUCGUCCCAAUGUUUAGAAUCACACCAGAGAACACACACAGGAGAGAAGCCUUAUAGCUGUGAUCAAUGUGGGAAGAGUUUUAGUGAAUCAAGCAACCUGAAGGUACAUUUGAGAACGCACACUGGAGAGAAACCUUAUAGCUGUGAUCAAUGCGGGAAGAGUUUUACUACAUCUACCAGUCUGACUAUACACCAGAGAAUACACACAGGAGAGAAGCCUUAUAGCUGUGAUCAAUGUGGGAAGAGUUUUAGUCGAUCAAGCAACCUGAUGGUACAUUUGAGAACACACACUAGAGAGAAACCUUAUAGCUGUGAUCAAUGCGGGAAGAGUUUUACUACAUCUAGCCAGCUGACUAUACACCAGAGAAAACACACAGGAGAGAAACCUUAUAGCUGUGAUCAAUGUGGGAAGAGUUUUACUACAUCUAGCCAUCUAACUAGUCACCAGAGAACACACACAGGAGAGAAACCAUAUAGCUGUGAUCAAUGCGGGAAGAGUUUUACUCAAUCAAGCUGCCUGAUAGUACAUCAGAUAACACACAUAGGAGAGAAACCGUAUAGCUGUGAUCAAUGUGGGAAGAGUUUUAGUCGAUCAAGCAACCUGAUGGCACAUUUGAGAACACACACUAGAGAGAAACCUUAUAGCUGUGAUCAAUGUGGCAAGAGUUUUAGUGAUUCAAGCAACCUGAUGGCACAUUUGAGAACACACACUGUAGAGAAGCCUUAUAGCUGUGAUCAAUGUGGGAAGAGUUUUAGUCGAUCAAGCAUCCUGAUGGUACAUUUGAGAACGCACACAGGAGAGAAACCUUAUAGCUGUGAUCGAUGUGGGAAGAGUUUUAGUCGAUCAAGCAACCUGAUGGUACAUUUGAGAACACACACUAGAGAGAAACCUUAUAGCUGUGAUCAAUGUGGCAAGAGAUACACUGCUAAAAUAACUCUGAUUAAACAUCAGAAAGUACAUACAUGAAGGAGUUGUUUCAUGAUAUCAAUUAAAUAAUGUCACAAUGUUUCAACAUUGUUGUAUAAGUAUUUUAAUGAAUUUCACAAUGUAGAACCAUUUACAUUUUACAUUUUUUGUCAUUUAGCAGACGCUCUUAUCCAGAGCAACUUACAGUUAGUGAG